AUGACUGACUGGACAACGGGCAUUAUGCCGCUGCACCAGGUGCACAAGCCUCCUUUCACUAUCGAGGCUCCUGGCUACGAGAAGGUCCCCGGCGAAACUAUUCCUCGACGUCACCCCAAGGCCAAGGACGGCCUCGUCACCUAUCCUGCUCCCGAUGCCAGGACCGUCUUCCAGGUUGUUGAGCGCAGCGCUCGACUCUACCCCAACCAUCAUGCUGUCGGUGCCCGCAAGCUCAUCAACAUGCACACUGAGAAGAAGAAGGUCAAGAAGAACGUCGAUGGCGAAAUUCAAGAAGUUGAGAAGGAGUGGUCCUACUUCGAGUUGACUGGCUUCGACUACUUGACUUACCAACAGUACCUCGAGCGCGUUUUGCAGAUCGGCUCCGGUCUACGGAAGCUGGGCUUGACCAGUGAUGACAAGCUUCACAUUUUCGGUACCACUAGCAUCGGUUGGAUCUCUACUUCCCACGCAGCUGCCUCACAGUCCAUCUCGAUUGUCACCGCCUACGAUACGCUUGGUCCCAGUGGUGUCGAGCACUCUCUCGUUCAGACCGAAUGUAGCGCUAUGUAUGUCGAUUCGCAACUCCUCAAGACAGCCUCAGAGCCUAUCAAGAAGUCUUCCGUCAAAACCGUCAUCGUCAACGACCGAACGAUCUUCGCCAAGGGUGGGGAGCUUGAGGCCUUCAAGGCCGAUCAUCCUGAUCUGAAGAUCAUCACUCUCGAGGAACUUCGUCAGCUCGGUGAAGAUAAUCCCGUCGAGCCGAACCCGGCUAAGCCAUCCGACCUUUACUGUAUCAUGUAUACUUCUGGUUCCACUGGUCUGCCCAAGGGUGCCUGCAUCACCCACGAAGCUCUUAUUGCUGGAGUCACCAGUUUGUACACCUGUGUCGAAGAAUGCGUUAGCGAUAAGGAAUGUAUUCUUGCCUACUUACCUCUUGCUCAUAUUUUCGAAAUGGCCCUCGAAAACCUCGUCAUGUACAUUGGAGGAACUCUUGGAUAUGGAAACCCGCGAACGCUUUCUGAUGCAUCAAUGAAGAAUUGCGCUGGUGAUAUGCGCGAGUUCAAGCCCACUGUCAUGGUUGGCGUCCCCCAAAUCUGGGAGACUGUGAGAAAGGGCAUCACAGCCAAGCUCGAGGCUGCCAGUCCUCUCCUCAAGAACCUCUUCUGGGGCGCCUACAACUGGAAGGCAUUCGCCUCCAAGAACAAGCUGCCUCUGGCGAGCUUGUUUGACAGCAUCGUGUUUGGCAAAGUCCGUGAAUUGACGGGUGGUCGUAUGCGCUUCACUAUGAAUGGCGCCAGUGGUAUUUCCGAUGGCACAAAGAACUUCAUUUCGUUGGUCGUUGCUCCCAUGUUGGCUGGUUAUGGCCUCACUGAGACCUGCGCCAAUGGCUCUCUGGGCUGCCCACUUGAGUUCUCCCCCGAUGCCAUUGGUCCUACCCCUUGCGCUUGCGAUGUCAAGCUUGUUGCACUUCCCGAGCUGGGCUACUCAACAGAAGCCAAGGUUCCACAAGGUGAGAUCUGGAUCAAGGGUUUGCCAGUUAUGACUAAAUACUGGAACAACCCCGAGGAGACAGAAAAGGCCCUGACUCCUGACGGCUGGUUCAAGACUGGCGAUAUCGGAGAAUUCAAUGCCCAGGGCCACCUUCGGGUCUUUGACCGCGUCAAGAAUCUCGUCAAGAUGCAGGGCGGCGAAUACAUUGCCCUUGAGAAACUCGAGUCUGUGUACCGUGGUGUCCAAUCUGUGGCCAACGUUAUGGUCCACGCCGAUCCCGAGCACUCACGCCCUAUUGCCGUCAUCAUGCCGAACGAGAAAGUCUUGCACGAGAAGGCCAAGGAGCUGGGUGUUGAUGAGCACAAUCUCCACACUGUCCACACCAACCCCAAGAUGGUCAGCUUUGUUCUCAAGGAUCUCCAAGGUGCUGCCAAACGUGCUGGUUUGAGCAGUAUUGAGAUAGUCACUGGCGUUUUGAUCACCGACGAAGAGUGGACAUCGGAUAAUGGACUUCUCACCGCUACUCAGAAGCUGAACCGACGCAAGAUCACCGAGCACUUCAAGAAGGACAUCGCUGCCACCCUCAAGAGCACUAGCUCGUGA